AUGCACAUAUUUGUUUCGUUUCCAGUCGAUGAGCAUGCCAAUGAAGAGUUUCUUCUGCUGAAUGUCCGGAAGGGUCUUGGAUCCUUGGGGAAAGACUGCGAUCUGCUGACCUUCCCUAAGAUGGAAAGUGACUCAAUUGACUGUCUCUUUGACUCGGAGGAGAGGAUUGUCGCAAUUGAGAAUCUCCUGGAGGACAUAAUUAGAAAGUAUAGCGUGUCCUACCAUGCGCUGACAGGAAGAAUCCUUGUUGACAGCAUUGUGCUUGGAAAGUCCUUUGACCACUUUCUUAAGUCCUUCCAGUGGGACUGCGUGAAAUACCCUCUCACCCUCAAAACCCCAGAGCUUCUCUCUAUAAUAGAGAGUGAAAUGAUGGAGGCCAUGGAGGCUCUGAAAGAGAAGGAAAAAAUGUAUGCAGAAGAAAAGAAGCAGCAUGCCCAGAAGACAACGGCAAAACCAAGAAUGCAUGAUGUAGACAUAGAUGAGCUAGAGCACAUGAGCACCAGUGAGGAGGCAUGUGCAUCUUUCUUUAAGAAGUACUACAUUGGCGUAUACGAUAGAUUAAGAGACAGAGACAUAGAAAUACUGUCCAGCAUAAACGGGCUGUUCAUAGAGUCUGGGAAGCUUGUCCAAACAUGCGAAGACGGCGAGAUAUACGAGUCACUCGGGCGGUGCGACUGCGAGGAGGAAAUCACGCGCAGUUUGGAGGCCAAUGGCUACAUUUCCAGAAAGUCCAAGCUUACGAAAGAGCAGUACAUGCACCAAAAAGAAGAAAGAAAGGAAAGCGCAGUUCAUCUAAAAGAGACAGAGUGCGAGUAUGAAAGGCUCAUACUUGGCCGCCUUCCUUCUUUGUACACGCUGUUUAUCCAUAUCAAGCACCUAAGCCUGUAUAUUGAGUCUGUGCUCAGAUACGGCCUGCCCUGCACCUUCUGCUUUUUCACACUUGAGAGCAAGCACGGCGGCAAGAUGAUACAAAAAUGGAAGAAGCUGGCGGCCACUUGGAAAUAUUCCAAAAGAAUGGCCGUAGUGGAGAAAACAUCUAUUUCAGAAGGAAAUGAGGCUUUGCAUGACUUUGUUUACAAAAUGAUUGGAGACUUCAAUCUAGAAGAGAUUAAAGAAUAA